AUGCCGCUCAGGACCGAUGCCAUUCCCCUGGUGAAGGAGCCGGAGCCCCGGCCCCCGCCGCAGGCCCCGCUGCCCUGGGUCCUCCCCAGCCUGUUCGCCGCCUUCAACGUGGUGCUGCUGCUGGUGCUCAGCGGCCUCUUCUUCGCCUUCCCUUGCAGGUGGCUGGCCCAGAACGGGGAGUGGGCCUUUCCCAUCAUCACGGGCCCCCUGUUUGUCCUCACCUUCGUCAGCCUUGUGUCACUCAACUUCUCAGACCCGGGCAUCUUACACCAAGGCUCCACCGAGCAGGGCCCCACGGCCGUGCACGUGAUCUCGGUGAACCGCAAGGCCUUCCGCCUGCAGUGGUGCCAGAGGUGCUGCUUCCACCGCCCGCCCCGGACCCACCACUGCCGCUUCUGCAACAUCUGCGUGGAGGACUUUGACCAUCACUGCCAGUGGGUCAACAACUGCAUCGGCCACCGCAACUUCCGCCGCUUCAUGCUGCUCGUGCUGUCCUUCUGCCUCUACUCGGGCGCCGUGCUGGUCUCCUGCCUCAUCUUCUUGCUGCGUCCGAACCAAGAGGCCCCUUACGUAGACCGGGUCAUCGCCAUCGUGGUGGCCGUGCCCGCUGCCGGCUUCCUGGCGCCGCUGUGCCUGCUGCUGCUGAUCCUGGCCAAGUCCGUGAGCGCGGCCGAGCGCUCCUGCGAGGGCAAGUGCCGCUACCUGUGUGGAUACAACCCCUUUGACCAGGGCUGCGCCAGCAACUGGUAUUUAGCAAUCUGUGCACCGCUGGGACCCAAGUACAUGGCCAAGGCUGUCUUGCUGCAGAGAGUGGUGGAGCCGGACGAGGCCCUCUCGCAGAACUUGCAUUGCCCAGCCUGCCCCUGGGCACUCGGCCCCGCAGCCGCAGCCGCCCCUGGGCCUGCCUCCGGCCAGCAGCCCCCACCUCCGGCUCUCCACAGGCCGGGAACGGCUCCCCCGGGGCGCGGGGAGGCUGCAGCCCCCCAGGAGGUGAGUGA